AGCCCUGGGAUAGGCCGGGUCCAGCAGUGAUGGGGAGAGUCCGGCACAGCCAGGCCCUCAGCUCUCAGGAUUGGCUGCCGUGAGCUCAGCUCCCGGAGUUAUAAAACUCGACCAGAGCAUCUUCAGAGACACUCUAGAAGCUUGUGGCAGGAAUAGCAUCAUCUUCUCCCUGGGCUACCUACCCUCAGUGGACACAACUUUCAGCCUCUGCGGUGUCCGCCAACACCCAACACUGCGGGGGACGCCCGGCUCCGAGCCCCUGGGCUGGAGGUCCCAGCCACUGUGUCUGGGGACAGAGCGACUUUCGUGGUCUGAGCAUGACGGAGCAUCCGCAGUGCCCGAGGACGUCUCUCUCAGGGAGGAGAGCCAGGUCUCUGGACAGGUCACAGAAUCCCCGGAAGGACUCGGAGUCGUGCGACUGCCACUGCCUUUCCCUGCUCACGCCCCCCUCCAGGAGGGCGCUUCAGGGGACAGCCAGCAAUGGGACCAGAUGCCCCAAGAGCCCAGCUCAGUCAGCAGAGGCUCAGGGCACCAUGGCCGCAGCCCUAAGCCUGGAGGGGCCCAGGGAGUUUCUCCCCAGCGAGCGCAGGCCUCCACCGGACACCAAGAAGGACAAGGCCCAGAGGCGGGCCCAGCAGGGCUGGCUGAAGACUGCGCUGAACUUCGUCCUCAGGGUGGGCCCUGAGGAGCCCAAAGAAAAGGGCAGCAGGAGGGCGAAGGGGAAGGAGGGUUUCCCCCAGCCUGCAGAAACCCCUGAGUCACCGGGACAGCCAGCUUCCAGGAAAAAAGCCCACGACAAGAAGGCUACCCGCAGGAAACACAGUCACAAGAAACAAGGUGCUGAGGAAUCCCAGGGGGCCCAAGAUCAGGAAGCUGAAGGUCAAGGGGCAGGGCUGCUCAGGAUGGCUGUUGCCUCACUCUCCGUGCAGGCGCACCUGGGCCCAGCACCCUCGGGGUGGGAGGAUUCUGCUCUCCAGCAGUCCUUGCUCACCGAAGGAGGGGGUGCUGGAGUCCUGGAGGGUUCUUCCCAAGCCCCAGGUGACCAGCGGGAAGGGGAGCUCAAAAACCUUGACGAGGAUACUAUACUCCGGAUGAUAGUGGGAUUGCUCCAGAAAGCGGGAGACCAGUGGGAAGAAGAGCUGCAAGCCCUUCUGCCACAGGGACUAAAGGCGGCUCCACAAAACCCGGCACCAGCCUACAGGAGGAAAUCCCAAGAGAAAAAGUCUAGUCUCAAGAGGACCUUUUCUUGUAAGAAACAUAGCUCCGAGGAGCCCAAGCGAGCAGGGGCUACAGAUGUUUCCAGCCCGAAGUCCCGGCCACCCAAGAGGCCCAGCUUCCUGCCCCUAUGUGUUGGGGGCCAUCGCCCCUCCAUCUCUAGCAGCCCUGGUGCAGAGGAACCUGAAGUCCAAGAGGCCCUUUCUACAGAUGGUGGGGGUCCAAGUCCCUCUGAGCUUUCUUCCCGAGCAGGAAGUUGGGGACAGGAAGAGGACUUGCAGCUGGACAGAGCCUCAGAAUUCAAAGAAUUCAUCGAGACGAUCAUCACCCUACUCCAAGAUGCCGAGGAGCAGGAGGGAGAGAAGCAAUUUCAAGUCCAGGAGCCAGAAGUGGCUGUAGAAAACCUGGCUCCAGCAUACAGGAAGAAAUCCCACGAGAAAAAGCCCAGCUUCAGAAAAGCUUUUUCUCUUAAGAAACAUGGUUCGAAGGAGCCCAAGAGAGCAGGGGCAGCAGAUGCUGCCAGCCCGGAAGCCCGGCCACUCAAGAAGCCCAACUUUCGGCCCCUGUGUGUCGGGGGCCAUCGGCCCUCCAUCUCACCUCCUGAUCUGGACAGCCCAGAGUUCCAGGGGUCCUUGCCUGCAGAAGGGGAACUGGCUGGAUCUUCAGAAGCACCCUCCCAGGCCAGGAGCCUCAAGCCGGAAGGGCGACCUCAGGCGGGAGGAGCAUGUGAAUCUAAGGAGCCAAUCAUCCAGCGGCUGGUGGCGCUUCUGCAAGAAGUAGACGGCCAGGUGGGAGAGCAGAUCAGGCGGCACCCCAGCUUUAAGAGGUUUUUCUACAAGCUCUCAGACUCUUCCCUCAGAAAGCUGGCAGCCACCCUGUGCAGCCCGGAGGCCCACUCCACUGAGCCAGACAGAAGCUCUGCUGAGGGACGCUACCAGUUUGCCUUUGAGCUGGCUAACAAAUUCGCGGGCAGCAACAGGCACGCUGUCCUCAGCCUCAUGGGACGCCGCUACAGCCGCCGCAGUUACUCCCAGUUCCCCUACGGGGAAGCCCAGCCGAACAUCACAAGUCAUAACAGCCAAAGUCCAGAUUAAAAGUUGUUGCACUUUGCACUCAAGUUUCCUUGAAUAAGUCAAACAAUUGGCAACUUUAACCAGAAGACCCUGAAGAUGCUUCAUGAUGUCCCAAUCCAGUGCUUCACAGACAAGACUGAAGAGUGGACGGCCAUCUGCAUCCAUGCACCAUUGUGGCUUUAUUGAGACUCAGAUGCACAAAGCAUUCUUCCACAAAGCUGGAGGCAGAGGCUGUAUUGGGGGCAAUAAGCACUGGACUGGGAGUUUGGAGAGGAGGGCUCACCCACUGACCUGCCCCAAAGUUGUGGCAAGACCCUCUACAUGUCCCCUCACCUCUCCAGACCUUGGAUUCUGGGCUAGACUAGGUGGCCCAUUGGAUUCUUUCUGACUCUCUUAUGCUGAAAUACCUAAAGAGAGGUAGUGAGCAUUUUCAUGCUGUGGCUCCAUACACCCCAUUGAGCUGGAUUCUUAAAGUACUUACAGAGGG